GGAGUGAGUAACAUUUGUUAGUGACUUUUCUUUUUGUGCAUAUAUUAUCCUCAAAUCCUAAUGAAACGUCGUCGUUACUAUCCAUUGACUAAUUAGAUUACUGAUACAAUUACAUUUGUUCCAGUCGUUAACUCAGAAGACAGAAGACUCUCAAGUUGCAUCACAUCUCUGUUUCUUAUUCCUUCUUUUCUAUUUAUAGUUUUCAGUUUGAUCCGUUGUUACCUUCUUCCCAUCAAGAACAAAGAUAAGGUAAACUUCUAUGGGUCGAUGAAAUUUUUGUUCUAACUGAGAAGGGAAGAUGAGAAAAAGGCCUGUCACUUCUGCUGCUGCUGAAUCUAACCCGUCAAGCAGUAAUGUAGCCGGUGAUAAAAAGGGACCCAAAAUCAGUGAUGGUAAUGUCAAAGUGGUUGCUAAGAGGUCCCCGUGGGUGAUUCUGGCCUUAUUUGUGCUCCUUGUGAAUGGGAGUGUGGCUGUUUAUCAUUACCAAUUUGAGAAUCUGCCCCACCCGCUUACAGCUGCCCAGGCGGGCAAAAGAGGAUUUUCUGAGGUUGAGGCAUUGAAGCAUGUUCAGGCAUUAACUGAAUUGGGUCCUCAUCCUGUUGGUUCUGAUGCUCUGGAUAAAGCUCUGAAGUAUGUCUUGUCAGAAGCAGAGUCUAUUAAGAAGAAUGCUCACUGGGAAGUUGAAGUAGAAGUUGACUUUUUUCAUGCAAAUUCUGGUGCUAAUCGUCUGGUUAGUGGCCUUUUUAAGGGAAAGACUCUUGUCUAUUCAGAUAUGAAUCACAUUGUGAUGAGAAUCUUGCCUAAAUAUGUCGUUGAAGCUGGAGACUAUGCUAUCCUCGUCUCAUCUCAUGUUGAUACAGUAUUUGCAGGGUAAGUUAUCUUUUGUUUGGUUAGGAGAAACAAAUUUUUUUUUUUUCUCUGGAAACAGUUUUAUCUUUAAUCAAUCCAUAGGGCUUUGUAAAAGCUGUAGGUCUGUUUGUGUUAAUUUAGAUUUCAGAUUAAUAUGGACAUUAUUUUUAUCCCAUUAUGUAUUUGGACAUUAUCGCUUGGUUUUUAAAAUUAGAGAAGGAGCUGGAGAUUGCAGUUCUUGUGUAUCUGUGAUGUUGGAGCUUGCACGAGGGGUUUCUCAAUGGGCUCAUGGAUUUAAGCAUGCUGUUAUCUUUUUAUUCAAUACUGGGGAGGAGGAAGGACUAGAUGGUGCUCACAGCUUCAUAACUCAGCAUCCUUGGAGUGACACUGUGCGAAUUGCUGUUGAUUUGGAGGCAAUGGGAAUUGGCGGGAAGUCUGGCAUUUUCCAGGCUGGUCCUCAUCCUUGGGCUAUUGAGAACUUUGCUGCAGCAGCCAAGUAUCCAUCUGCUCAGAUUGUGGCACAGGAUCUCUUUUCUUCUGGAGCAAUAAAGUCAGCAACUGAUUUUCAAGUAUAUAAGGAGGUCGGGGGACUUUCUGGGCUAGACUUUGCUUUUGCUGACAACACUGCUGUAUACCACACAAAGAAUGACAAAUUAAAGCUUUUGAAACCUGGUGCUCUGCAACAUCUUGGAGAGAACAUGCUUGCUUUCCUGCUUCGAGCAGCAGCCUCUUCUGAUUUCCCGAAAAGUAAGGCAAUAGAGCAAGAUGGAACUCCAACCGGGGAUGCUGCUGUAUAUUUUGAUGUUUUGGGAGCAUAUAUGAUCACAUUUCGUCAACGGUUAGCCAACAUGUUUUACAACUCCACCAUAAUGCAGUCACUUUUAAUAUGGGUUACAUCACUGAUGAUGGGUGGUUCUCCGGCAGUUAUUGCACUCGCUCUGUCAUGUUUGAGUAUUGUCCUGAUGUGGAUAUGCUCUAUUGGUUUUGCUGCUCUUGUUGCUCUAAGUCUCCCACUUGUAUCUUCCUCACCAGUUCCAUAUAUUUCGACCCCAUGGCUGGUGGUCGGUUUAUUUGGUGGUCCUGCUAUAUUAGGAGCAUUUGCUGGCCAACAUCUGGGCUAUAUUAUACUUUCAAAAUACUUAUCAACAACGUAUUCACAAAGAUAUCGGAACCUUUCUUCUUCUGUUAAAGCUGAUAUUGCUAAAUUGGAUUCAGAAAGAUGGCUCUUUAAGUCGGGUUUAAUACAGUGGCUUCUACUCCUCACACUGGGAAACUAUUAUAAGGUCGGAUCUACUUAUAUAGCCCUUGUUUGGCUGGUCUCCCCAGCUUUCGCAUAUGGGUUGCUUGAAGCUACUUUGUCUCCAGCUCGGUUGCCUAAGCCACUGAAAACUCUGACUUUACUUGUUGGCUUGUCAAUGCCUGUUCUCUUAUCUGCUGGCAUGAUCAUUCGGUUGACUGCCACAAUGAUCGGAACAGCUGUUCGAUUUGAAAGAAUUCCUGGAAGCAAUCCUGAGUGGCUGGGGAGUGUAAUAAUUGCCGUACUUGUUGCUGGUUUUGUGUGCUUGACGUUGGUCUAUCUUCUGUCCUAUAUUCACAUUUCAGGAGCAAAAGUGCCAAUUGCAGUUACUGCAGUUGUUCUCCUUGUCCUGUCAAUUGGGGCAGUGUCCUUCGGUCUUAUUCCGGCAUUUACCGACGAUACUGCUAGAGCUGUGAAUGUUGUGCAUGUUGUGGAUACAACAGGAAGAUAUGGUGGAAAUGAGGAAGCAGACUCUUACACAUCCCUGUUUUCCCUAACUCCUGGGAACUUGAUCAAGGAAGCUGAAGCUAUAGGGAACGGAAUGGUUUGUGGCAGCCAAAAACAGCCCGAUUUUGUUACUUUUUCAGUCAAGUACGGCUGUUGGAUUGACAAGGAUGCCGGGAUUGGCUGGGACAAGUCUGAUAUACCUUCUAUUCAUGUUGAGCAUGAUAGGAAGGAUGAGAACAGAAUAACUGAAGUCUCAUUGGAUACAAAAGUUUCUACUCGAUGGACGCUUGCGAUCAAUAUGGAAGAGAUUGAAGAUUUUCUGUUGAAAGAUGCAGAGGGUUCGGAAUUGAUUCCAGUGGGUGGAAAGAGCAGUGCAGAUGGAUGGCACAUCAUUCAGUUUUCAGGGGGAAAGAAAGCACCCACCAAAUUUGAUCUGAAGCUGUUCUGGACAAAUAAAAAUGUCACAAGCAAGGAGGCCGGCGCCGGAGAGCUUCCUCUCCUAAAAUUGAGGACAGAUGUGGACAGAUUGACUCCUCCGGCACAGGAUGUUCUGGGGAGGCUUCCGUCGUGGUGUUCACUGUUUGGAAAAUCAACAUCUCCUCAUACAUUAGCAUUUUUGAGCAGUCUUCCAGUUGGCUUCUAGGUCACACAGGUUAAACAGUAGAAAUCACACUUGUAUUUAAAAAGAUUGUGCCGGACGAUCUUCUGUAUUAGUAAUCAUCUAGAACUCUGUGAUUUCACUACGAUGAGCAGAACCAAUCUGAUCUUAUUAUAUCAUCAAUCAAUUAAUAUACAUUCCCCAAACAACAAGAAUUUACUAAUGUGAUCACUAUUGAUUACAAUAGACCGUAGAAGCUUUUGUACCGGAUUUUGAAAAAUGUACUUUAGUCUUCGCUUUCGAUUUAGUAACUUCUGAAUCAUGGUACUAGAGGAAAAAGGAAAAGAAAAAAAAAAAUUUGGCAUGAAUUUAUGGAAUGCUCAACUGCCCCUCCAAGGAGUAUCUCCAAUCCAUGGAGAAGUGGGUCUAAGGAGAAGGAGAAGAUUGAGGUGUUCUCUUAUUUUGUACUCCCUCCGUCACAUACUUAUUGUUCAGUUUCUCAAACUGGACAAUAAUUUUGGGACAGAAGGGAUACUAGUAGUUAAUUUAGUUUAAUCUAGUUUAGUGACUUUAGUGGUAGUGG